AUGAAGGAACCCGUCGAAAAAGAGAAACCCAAUUUCGGUCUAAGUGGAGCGUUAUUAGAAGAUACGAAUAAAGUUAAUGGCGUAGUUGUAAAAUAUGCUGAGCCGCCAGAAGCCCGAAAACCUAAACGUCGUUGGCGUCUAUACCCAUUCAAAGGUGAAACUGCGCUACCUACAUUGCAUAUACAUAGACAAAGCUGCUUCUUGGUUGGAAGAGAUCGAAAAGUAGCCGAUUUAGCUGUAGACCAUCCGAGUUGUUCAAAACAACAUGCCGCGCUACAAUAUCGGCUUGUACCAUUCGAACGCGAAGAUGGCACGCAGGGUAAACGUGUCCGGCUAUAUCUGAUUGAUUUGGAAUCUGCGAAUGGCACUUUUUUAAAUAACAAGAAAAUUGAGCCGCGGAAAUAUUAUGAAUUAAUUGAAAAGGAUGUUAUAAAAUUUGGCUUUAGUACACGAGAAUAUGUAUUAUUGCAUGAGAACAGCAAAGAAGAUCAAGAGGAUGAUGACGUAUUUGUUAAACCAGAACCGGAAGAUGUACCAGACGGACCAAACCCUUGA